ACGCGCUUUUAUUUGUAUUUGGAUAUCGUGCAAAUAAAAUGAUCCAAGGAAAAUUAUCAGAACUUAUUCAUUCAUCACAAGGAUGUGAAAACCUUGAUGUUUGUAAUGUGGAUGUCCAUUUUGAAGAAAUUCUUGAUAUGGAUCGUUUGGGUAACCUUGGUGCCAUUGAUAAUGAAUACGAUGUCGCGAUUUCAACUGCCUGUCCUGCAUUGAACAACAUCGUGGUUGAUUCUGGUGAAGUUGGACAAACUUGUGUAGAGCAUCUUAGAGAAAACAAUUUAGGUCGCGUCAUAUUCAUUCUACAAACGCCUGAAAAUGUUCCCCGUCUUUUUGAUCUUGUUAAGCCGAAAGAUGAUAAGUUUAUCCCAGCAUUUUAUAGUGUGUCACAAAUACUUUGGUAG